AAAAAUUCAAAUCUGCUGCCACAUUUUGUAUCCUUACAUAAAUAGUGUUUUAAAAGUCUCGAUAAUCACGGAAAUGUAAAAUAAUCGGUACUAUUAUCGACGGACUUCCACCUCAAUCCAAAAGAAGUUUCGCGAUAACAAUUACCGACGCAUUAGAGAACAGAAUUUCUCCAAAAAUAUAAAAUAGGCAACGAAAAAUUAAUAAUUACCAGGCGCUUAAUAUACCAAACGAUUAUCAGGAAUAAAUAAAUUUCGAGCUUCACUAAGUUUAUUGAAAUACUUGGAAAAGUUAAAACACAUACGCAAAAAUGGCUAUGCCCAAUUUAUCUCACGCCGACUUGGAAAAAUUGAAAUUUUUCAUAAAUUUUGUUUCUGAAAAUCCAACCGUGCUUAAUUUGCCUCAGCUGCAGUUUGUAAAGGAUUUUGUGGAAAAAUUGGGCGGCAAAGUACCGGCAGGUGAAUUCAAGUUGCCUACUGGUUCUGCUGGAGGAAAAUGCCCAUUUGGUGGGGAUGCAAGUGGUGGCGGUGCAAGUGAAGCUUCUAGUGGUAUGAAUGUUGAUGAAUCGGAAGAGUCAGAUUUGGAAGGUUCCGAGCCGGAAUCGGAGGUCGAAUUAGAUAUGGAAGCCAAAACAAAUUCUGAACGGGAAAAGCAGGAAAAGGGAUCGGAUUGGACACCGCCUUCUACUGCUUAUGACAAUUUUAUCAAUACAAGCACAGUCUACCUCGAAGAAACGAAGGGGAUAAAAAAAAAGAGUAUAAAAACUGAGCGCGAACACUCUGCUGAAUCUAGUACUGACGAAGAUGAUGGAGAAGAGUAUGAUUGCCCAGUGGAAGCAGUUUAUGGCACUGAUGAAGAGGAUCCUAUCAAAACCAAUGUCGGCUCAGUUGUCAUGAAAUGUGAAGUAGAUAGUGAUUUUGAAAACGAAGAUUUCCGUGAUGAAAACUACAAAGAGGAUGAUGAUGGCGAUACUGAAAGCGACGAUUCCGACUUGCGUGUCCCAGCCCGCAGACAAACACGAAGUUGUAGAAGCGGCAUGCGCACCCGGAAAGGAAGGCGAUUGCGCAAAUGUCGGAAUGUCUUCAGAGAAUAUAAGCCUGAUAAAAAAUUGCGUAAACCAAAACCAGUGGGUUGUACUGGAAAAUGCAAAAAACAGUGUGCUAGAAUUGAUGCGGAACAGCGAAUGAAAUUGUGUAGAGAAUUCUGGGAACUAGGCUUUGUAGAACGAAAAAACUAUUUGUUAACAUGCAUCGAGCGCAAACCACUUGGUAAGAUGCGCAUAAUAAAAAGAGUUAAGGAAGCACGCCAGCACACAAAUCAUUAUUUCAUGCCUACCAGCGAUGGCGAACGCGUACGGGUCUGCUUGGACUUCUUCCUGAAAACUUUGGUUAUAAGUGCUUUCCUGGUGAAAGACGCGCUGGAGAAUAACGAUGGUAAUGGUAAAUAUACUGGGGUAGACUUGCGUGGAGGUAGCGGUGAAGGAAGGCGAAUUAAAAAUGAAAUAUCAAAACAACGACGUGAAGAUGCCGUAAAAGUAGGCACGUCUGCAACCACAGAAAACUCCGGCAUUGAUUCAACCACAGAAGGCAAGACAAAGUCUCUUACAGAGGAAGUAACAGUUAAUGAAAUUGAAAUGCAGGGAUUGAUAAAAGACGAAACAUCUAAGACGAAUGAAUCAAAAGAACUGCCUAUGACGGGAGAAACUUCUGUGAAAGCUUCUAUUCCUCCUAUAAAUCCGAACGAAAGCAACAAGCAAACGGUAAGUCCAGUUGUUGCGCAGACUGAACCUUUAGUAUCCGUUGAAAAACCAAAACCCAUAAAUCGCGCUAGUAGAAAAGGAAUACCAGUUAAAAAAGAUCGCGUACCACAGCCGGUGAAUUGCGCCGAAUCGUGCAAAUUUAAAUGCCACACAAAAUUUACCGAGGAGCAACGUGCAAUGUUGUGUGCGGCAUUUUGGCGCUUAGGUUACAAGAGACGCAAAGAUUUCGUAUUGUCACGCGUUGAAGUACAUGAAAACACAAGUACGACCGCGGCGGAAUAUCGAAAAACGAACCGAGUACGCACAUUUACAAAUCGCUAUUUUCUACGUGGUGAACGUGGUGAAAAUGUGCGCGUCUGUUCGCGAUUCUUCAACACAACACUUUGCGUUGGCAGUCAUUUCUUAGGCAAUGCACAGAAGAAUGUCGACAAGCAGACGGGCGCCUAUGCGGGCGAGGAUAGGCGCGGACGAGCACCUAAAAAGAAUAAAAUUCCCGAUGAACUUGUGGAUGGUGUACAUCAGCAUAUCAAAAGCUACCCAACUUGGGUGCCGCAUAAAAACUACAAGACACGUUUUCUACACAGUUCAUUGAAUAUUGUUAAAAUGUACUCUGAGUAUAAAGAAGAAAUGGAACGACAAAAUAAGCCUGCGGUCAGUCCAAGUUACUUCCGUAAGGUUUUCCAUAGAGAUUUUAAAUUGGCUUUUCUCCAACCAACAUCUAAGCAUGCGCAUAAAGUAAGUUCACAAAGGAGAAGUAAUGACGCAUCUAACAAUGCUGCUACCUGCUCUAGCAACAACAUAGAUGGUACAUUGUUGAACUGUAGCGCAACUGCCGAUAUACCCAUAGCGUCAACACCAACAAAAAAACUCAAUCCAAACAUUUCCACAUUUACGGGUGAGGAAGGAGGUUUUUGGACGCAACUAACGCCAAAUGCAACCGAAACGAUGCGAUUUUUACAGCAGCGAUAUGCGCCUCAAGCACCCACGCCUGUGAUCAUGCAGUCAAUAUAUCAUCAACAACAGCAACAGCACCAGCAGCAACAACAACACCAACAACUACCACCACCAUCACUACCACUACCGCCACCAUCUAUGCCUACAUCUACCUACCACCUGCCACAAGCCAUUAACUACGUGCAUCAGCCACAUAUUAUGAACGCCGGCUAUGAAAGCGAGGAAUGCGCACGAAAUUUCCAUAUGCUUUAAAAUAGGAAUACAUUUUAGAUAAUAAAUAUAUUGUGUAAAACAUACGUAUGCACAUACCUAGCAUUAAGUGAUAAUUAUUUUCAUUAUUUACGCGUAGUCAUAGACAAAAUAAAGUAAACUCUAAAUAUUUUAGUUGACAAAGAAAUUCGUUCGCAAAAAAUAUACUCGUCAGUUGAUGCUGGGGUCUACAUCCUUGUAUAAAAGUCGGAUUUACAGGCCGACCUGCCUAAUGCGAAAGACAUGAAGCAAAACGCGUCAAGUGUAGCUGGCUAAAAACUUGAUUUUCAUGAAAUUUGGCGAAGAUGCUUCUCAGACCUAGAAGAAUGCCACUAAGGCGUAUAGUUUCCGUAGAAAUUUACCAUAAAAGAUUAUAGGCCUUUGAGUACAAAUUGAAUGUCACUUUGACAUGUUAAUUAGAGUAG